AUGGAGGCACUCACAGAACACGAGAUUCGUGGAGAAGACUGGAGAUGUAGCAGCAAGUCCAUCGUCGUCUUCACACUGGAUGUUCUGUUCGUCCUGUCAUCUUCAUACACUGCGCUGUUAGUGUUGGGAUUAUCGUCCACGCCAUACAUUUCGUGUUCCUCGUCGGCUUUCGGUGUCAUUGUAGCAAUAGACGCAAGAGGAUCAAGCCAUGCUAUGUUGUUAUUACUUAGAUCGUCGAGUCUGUUGUGUAUUUUCGUCUUCAUCUCCUAUCAGUUCAAGGUGGCUCGACUUCACUCGCCAGCUCUCUUACAAGCUCGAAAGCAGAAUUAA